AUGGCUUCUACCGUAGGCAAGACCAUCACCUGCAAGGCCGCCGUCGCCUGGGAAGCCGGCAAGGAACUGAGCAUUGAGGAGAUUGAGGUGGCGCCUCCCAAGGCCCAUGAGGUUCGCGUCGAGAUCUACUACACGGGCGUCUGCCACACAGAUGCCUACACUCUGUCCGGAAAGGACCCGGAGGGUGCCUUCCCCAUCGUCCUGGGACACGAGGGCGCUGGUAUCGUCGAGUCCGUCGGCGAGGGCGUCACCAACGUGAAGCCCGGUGACCACGUCGUCGCUCUCUACACCCCCGAGUGCAAGGAGUGCAAGUUCUGCAAGUCGGGCAAGACCAACCUGUGCGGCAAGAUCCGCGCCACCCAGGGCAAGGGCGUCAUGCCCGACGGCACCAGCCGCUUCAAGUGCAAGGGAAAGGACCUGCUCCAUUUCAUGGGCACCUCCACCUUCUCGCAGUACACCGUCCUGGCCGACAUCUCGGUCGUGGCCGUCCAGCAGGAUGCUCCCAUGGACAGGACAUGCCUGCUGGGCUGCGGCAUCACCACGGGUUACGGAGCCGCCCGCGUGACCGCCAACGUCGAGGAGGGCUCGCAGAUCGCCGUCUUCGGCGCCGGCUGCGUCGGCCUGUCCGUCGUCCAGGGUGCCGUCGUCAACAAGGCCAGCCGCAUCAUCAUUGUCGACGUCAACCCGGCCAAGGAGGAGUGGGCCAGGAAGUUCGGCGCCACCGACUUUGUCAACCCCACAGAGCUCAAGGGCCAGAGCAUCCAGGAGAAGCUCAUCGAGAUGACCGACGGUGGCUGCGACUACACCUUUGACUGCACGGGUAAUGUCAACGUCAUGCGUGCCGCUCUCGAGGCCUGCCACAAGGGUUGGGGUCAGAGCAUCAUCAUCGGUGUAGCUGCCGCUGGCCAGGAGAUUUCCACUCGCCCAUUCCAGCUUGUUACCGGCCGUGUGUGGAAGGGUUGCGCCUUUGGUGGUAUCAAGGGUCGCACCCAGCUCCCCGGUCUCGUCACCGACUACCUGAAUGGCUCCCUCAAGGUUGACGAGUUCAUCACCCAUCGUAAGACUCUCGGCGCCAUGAACAACGCUUUCGAGACUAUGAAGGCUGGUGACUGCAUCCGCGCUGUUGUCGAUAUGCGCCAGCUGUAA